AUGCGGUUUAUGACGCGAGUGCUGCUGGUGUCACUUCUCAGUCUGUCCUUGGUGGUGUCCGGGCUGGCCUGCGGUCCUGGCAGAGGCUACGGCAGAAGAAAACAUCCGAAGAAGCUGACACCUCUCGCCUACAAGCAGUUUAUACCUAAUGUCGCGGAGAAGACCUUAGGGGCCAGCGGCAGAUACGAGGGCAAGAUCACGCGCAAUUCGGAGAGAUUUAAAGAACUUACUCCAAAUUACAAUCCCGACAUCAUCUUUAAGGAUGAGGAGAACACGGGCGCGGACAGACUCAUGACACAGAGAUGCAAAGACAAGCUGAACUCACUGGCCAUCUCUGUAAUGAACCAGUGGCCAGGGGUUAAACUGCGUGUGACAGAGGGCUGGGAUGAGGACGGUCACCAUUUUGAAGAAUCACUCCACUACGAGGGAAGGGCUGUUGAUAUCACCACCUCUGAUCGAGACAAGAGCAAAUAUGGGACACUCUCUCGGUUAGCUGUGGAAGCUGGAUUUGACUGGGUCUAUUACGAGUCCAAAGCCCACAUCCAUUGCUCUGUCAAAGCAGAAAAUUCGGUUGCGGCGAAAUCUGGAGGCUGCUUCCCAGGUUCGGCUCUGGUCGCGCUCAAAGACGGGAGACAGAAAGCCGUGAAGGACCUGAACCCAGGUGACAAGGUGCUGGCGGCGGAUGGCAAUGGGAAGCUCGUGUACAGCGACUUCAUCAUGUUCACAGACCGAGACUCCGCGACGCGACGCGUGUUUUACGUGAUAGAAACGAAAGAACCCGUUGAAAAGAUCACCCUCACCGCUGCUCACCUCCUUUUUGUCCUCGACAACUCAACGGAUGAUCUGCACUCCAUGACCGCCGCGUUUGCCAGCAGUGUCAGAGCCGGACAAAAGGUGAUGGUUGUUGAUGAUAGCGGUCAACUUAAAUCUGUCAUCGUGGAGCGGAUAUACACGGAGGAGCACCAGGGCUCGUUCGCACCAGUGACUGCUCAUGGAACCAUUGUGGUCGAUAGAAUACUGGCGUCCUGUUACGCCGUAAUAGAGGACCACAGUCUCGCGCAUUUGGCCUUCGCGCCCGUCAGGCUCUAUUAUGACGUGUCAUCGGUCCUAUUCCCCAAAAACUUCAUCAGUCAGUCCAAUGCGACUUUACAACAGGAAGGAGUCCACUGGUACUCCAAGCUCCUGUUUCAAAUAGGAGCGUGGCUUUUGGACAGCCGCAUGCUUCAUCCUUUGGGGAUGUCAGUAAACUCAAGCUGAAAACCCUCGUGUGGAAAUAAAGCAAGAGAAAUUACACUAAUGUAGGAUAUAAGACAAUAUUAGUGCAAGCAAGAGAGAAAGAGAGAGCGCGAGAGUGUGUGUGUGUGUGAGAGAGAGAGAGAGAGAGAGAGAGAGA